AUGGGUAACUCAAGCUCGAAGGGCGUGUCGGGGAAGCACAAUUCGCACUCGGCGCCGAAACUGAAACGGCCAGUACCGCAUCGUCAGCCAUCGAAGAAAAGCAGUAGUACAUUGCGGAGUGAUCCUGAGCCCAAUUCUACUGCUGUUGUGUCGGAGCAGGAACCUUCCAUGGUCCCGCAUGCACCAGCGACUACACCUGCGCCAGCAGCUACAGUUUCAUCCCCGUUUACUAAUAUUCCGUCACAUAGGAGGGCACACUCUCAGCACGACUUGACCACCAGUCACAACACUUUACCCGUUAUCAAUGUGACACCGUCAGGUGCAGACAAUCCAAAGAGCGUCGAUGACAGUGGUCACCACAACCACAACCACAACCACAUUGGGCAGGCCGGCAUGGGGCGUGUGGCCAUGAAUAGGAGGUCAAGUUUCAACACAACCGUCGACCUCCCGCCGUCUAUGAUCCAAAUGGCCCCGAAACAGCCGAUCUUGAAGAAACAGUACUCAUUCGGACUCCCCGGCAAAACGUCAAGGGGAUCAUUGCACAGCAACGCUGAGGAUGCCAAUGGGGCUGGUCAAAACGAUGCUCACCACCACCAUCACCAUCACCACAGUCAUACUGGGAGCGCAGGUAGUAGCGGGAACCACCUUCAUCGGCUGGAUCGUAGACAGGUCAAAUCGUCAGAUAAUUUGACGUCAGAUCUUUCGCAAGACUCCGGUCUUAUAGCUCGACCCUCUUUGUCCAACUUCAGAUCAAACUCGCAUAACUCCUCGCUCUACAGCAGGAAAUCCUCGUUGACGUCGAACUCGACGACUGCAUUUACCACCCCGGUGAAUACCCCGGGCGCACACUACUCUGGGGGAAAGUCAUUGGGCGCAGCCUUCGAAGAGAAUGGUGACUACUUUGGACCCAUUCAUCACUCAGCUUUCAACAGCUCAGCGGGGGGUACACCAACGAUCACAAGUACAAGUAUGCCCACCACCAAAGCGCAUACAGACAGCGGUGAGGGCCACAGACUCGCUGACCUCAACAAAGAUCACUACCCAAUGCAGAUCCCGGGGGAAGUCGAAACAGUAAUAGACACAAUCGUUCCUCCCAUGGAGGAGCCCAUCAAUAUACAGGGGACCACUUCGGACGCACAACUGUCUAAGGUGAAGAAACCCAUGAAGCCCAUCGACAUCGAUGCGACCAUUCAAAAGCUGCUCGAUGCCGGUUAUGCGGCUAAGAGAACCAAAAGCGUAUGUCUGAAGAAUUCGGAGAUAUUGCAAAUCUGUCAAAUGACAAGAGAGAUAUUUCUCUCGCAACCUUCCCUUCUGGAACUGUCGCCUCCAGUCAAAAUAGCAGGCGACAUACACGGACAAUACGGAGACCUGUUGAGACUGUUUACCAAAUGCGGGUUCCCACCUUCCUCAAAUUACCUGUUUUUGGGUGACUACGUAGAUCGAGGGAAACAGUCGCUGGAGACCAUAUUGCUUCUGUUCUGUUACAAGAUCAAGUACCCUGAGAACUUCUUUCUUCUUAGGGGGAAUCACGAAUGUGCCAACGUGACGAGGGUAUACGGAUUCUAUGACGAGUGCAAGAGACGUUGCAACAUCAAAAUCUGGAAGGCGUUCAUCGACACGUUCAACACGAUGGCGCUGGCGGCAAUUGUCGCGGGGAAGAUCUUCUGCGUCCACGGCGGCCUCUCCCCGGUGUUGAACUCAAUGGACGAGAUUCGACACGUAAGCAGGCCAACGGACGUCCCGGACUUCGGUCUAAUUAACGACCUACUGUGGUCGGACCCGACAGACUCUCCGAACGAGUGGGAGGACAACGAGCGUGGCGUGUCUUACUGCUACAACAAAGUCGCUAUCAACAAGUUCUUGAACAAAUUCGGGUUCGACCUCGUGUGCCGGGCGCACAUGGUCGUCGAGGACGGGUACGAGUUCUUCAACGACCGGAGCUUGGUGACCGUGUUCUCAGCGCCUAACUACUGUGGUGAGUUCGACAAUUGGGGGGCCGUGAUGACCGUGAGUGAUGGGCUACUGUGCUCUUUCGAAUUGUUAGACCCAUUGGACAGCGCCGCAUUGAAGCAAGUGAUGAAGAAGGGAAGGAAGGAAAGGAAGCUGGCCAGUGAACAGCAACUUUUGAACUAG